AUGGCGGGAAAGAACACGGACGCAAAAGACAAGGACAUAAAAGUUCAGGAAACAAAGGAUGCGCGGAGGGGGAAAACUGGCAAAAAGAAGGCACAAAGAACGAGAAAUUUCUCACCUCCACCAUUACCACCACGAGCAAUCCCCAAGCCCGAUGAUGGAGAUAUCUAUAACGUCUGUGUAAUGUUCCUACCACAGAUGCAGAGAAUUGUCGAAACUGGAAUAGUUCCUUGUGACGGGAUCGUUCAGCAAACACUACUACCUGUACUUAGAGAAUUGGCCUCGAAAGACGAUUCUGAGCCAGGCGAAAGACCUCAUCCAAAGGAAACUGGAUGUACGAAACUCACAACUGCUGUUGUUGAGCUUUUCAACGAGAAUGCGCUUCUGGGAGAGGGAAUGGACUUUUGCCACAGUCUUCGAGAUCCAGAAAAAGAGAAAGCUAUGCGCAUUGAAUUUAUCCCAGGCAGCAGUAACGUACCGGCUCAACUGCCGUUAAAAGAGAGGGAUGUCUUCUUUAUGGAGAGCCAUGAGACAGAUGAUCGGCCAUAUCUCAUGCAGGAUAAUUUUCCAGAUCACAUCGGAAUUCCGGAAGAUGUCUUACUUAGGGCUUGUCCUUUCAUACGCUCAGCAUUCGGUGCGAAGGAUAUCGGCAAAUUCGCCGACCCUGAUGAUACUUGCUUGUACGACCCUGCGUACACAUCGAAUCGAAAGAGAUGCAUUCGUCAAACCAAACUCGUAUAUAUUGCUGAUCUAAUUGCUUCAUCGUAUGGGCGUACCGCACAGCAUUAUCAUUCCUUGAGCGAGUUAGAACAAAUCGAUAGCUGGCCAAAAGAGAAAUUGUGGAGGGACACUAAAUCGUGGAUUAUGUUUUUAAGAAGGAACGACUUCAGUGAGCGCAUAUCCUCCAAUGACGAGCUCGACGAACUCUGUAUGCUUGCUGCCUUUUUUGGGGCUAAAAACAAUGCAACCACCGCUUUAAGAAACCAGUAUCAGGCUCAGAAGGAGAAGUUAAUCAGAGAGAAGACGCAUCCGAGACCUGCAUUAAUACCACACAUAGAGCCUGAAAGAAAGAAAUUGUCCCCCGAGAGCGUUACUCGACAGAGCGACUACGUCACGAAUUAA